CCACAUGUGAGUUAUUUGCUGUGUUAUGUUUAUGCAGAUAUCGUUCAAUAUAUUGAAACAGACAAGUGGAGGUUUUCUUGCUUUGUAGAGAGGGAUAGCUGACAAGGUUAACACGUAUGCAUGAACUGAGGAGGAAUUCUGUUGAAUAAGAAGAACAAUCAUGCCAGUCGAAAUAACGGAACCCGUAAAUCUCACACGAUCCAUCUUCAUCUGCAACCUUUUCAGUUUCUUUUUCGCAGCCAGCAAGUCAUGUUUACUACCAUUCCUGACAAUUUACUUGCGAUUUCUGGGAUUAACAGCAACACAGACUGGCAUUAUAAUUGGUGCAAAAACAUUUUCUACUUUCAUUUUUGCUCCAUUAUGGUCCAAGUGUGCAAUUCAGUGUCGGAAAAGAAAACUUGUUUUAAUGAUAGCCUUGUUCAUGAUGGCUGUCACAUAUUUGCCACUGACACUACUGACUGGUCUAAGUCCAUCAAUGGAAAGCUGUGAUUCCCAUGUUACACAGCAGAACUCCCCUCCCUUGCUGACCACACAAGCACCUGUCUCUGUGAACAGAAUGCAUCACUUGCCAGAUUUCAGCCCCACCUCACAGCUACCCAAACUUAAUGUGUCAGCAUUCCCCACUACAACUCUAGCAUCUCUUAGCCACGGUGGCUCUCAAUCAAGUACGGUUCGAACAAAAGAAAUUAAGAAUGAUGAUGAUGAUUUACUUAAAGCUGUGAAGGAAAUUUUUAUGAAAGUUGGAUUGCCUAAAGAAAAAGUACAACCUCUAUCAGUUGAAGACAUCGUUCAAAAGUAUAAAUUAAUAUCUGAGGACGAAAGCCUUAUGUCGACAUUAAAUUCUAUGCUCACUAAGACUGACAAAAUUAUUUUGAAGGAUUUCUUGAGUAGAAAUGGAGUUUCGGUUAGAAGAAAAAGAGAUUUAUCACUGAAGGAUAUGAAAGAGACAUUUUUACUAAAACUACAUGAAAAAGUGGAACAAGCUAAACAGAAUCUCUUCACUGUUGUGCUUGUAAUACUGAUUGUGGGAGAGGCCUUGUGUUCUCCUGUUGAAAAAAUUGCAGAUGAUUCAUGGUUUGAAUUUUUGGAACAAAUUGAUGACAUGGAAAAGUAUGGAAAACACAGAAUAUGGAGCUCUCUGGCAUACAUUGUCUUCCCUGUGAUAGUGACGCUGGUUGUUGAUAACACCACUUGUUUGUUUGAUCUAAAAGUCUACCCAUUUAUGUUUCAUUUUUAUGCAUUUGGAUUUCUUCUUGGAAUUACAUUUCUGAUUGGUUUCUUUUAUCCUGUUCCCAGUGCCCCCAAGUCUAAAUACAAGAGUAAGUUAGGGGCUGCCACAGUGAGGGUCUGCUGUACUUGUGGUGGCUUGCUGUACGUGUUAACUUUAGUCAUAAUGGGCUUCAUUUUCUCCUCCUACAGCAACUUUUUGUUUUGGUUGAUUCAGGAUUUAAAUGGUAAAGAAAUCACCAUGGGAGUGUGCAUUCUUGUGGCAAGUCUUUCUGAGCUGGUGGUUCUCGUUUUCAGUUCCCGUUUGGUCAAUGUAUUUGGAAAUGGUGGGAUGAUCAGUGUCUCUUUGCUCUGCCUGGCUGGUCGUCUGCUGUAUUAUUCCUACCUUUGGACGCCAUGGACUGUGCUUCCUGCCGAAGUCCUCCAUGCCGUAACCCACACCAUGAUGUGGUUUGUUGUGUUGAGUAACAAAGCAUUCAGAGUUAGUCCAACCAUUGACAGGGCUAUUAGGUCCCUUCUGUCUUCCGCUUAUUUUGGUGUGGGAUUCGGAGUUGGCAGCAUAAUAUCCGGAAUUAUGUAUGACCAGUAUGGCCUUAGUAUACUAUUCAGAGGACUCUCAAUUCUGUCUAUUGGUUGGUGUCCCGUCUUCUUUCUACUGCAGAGAUGCUGUCAGCCAAGAGAAGACAAUGAGAUUAAAUACAGCCGUCUGCUUCAGUCUGAUGAUCACUCAGAUGAUGAUAUGGAAGAUGAUUGGCUGGAGCAUGCCCUCAAGGACAAGUAAAAUCACGUGCCCUCAAUAUAAAGAAGAAUCUCAUGUUCAAGAAGACAAAUAAAAUCUUGUGUUUUUUAAGAGGAUUGUUAUAGCCAACUUCAUAGUUUAUUGUUCUAAAUCUGAAAUAUUUUUUGAUGAGAAUGUUAAUGAUGAGUUAUUUAUAUUAAGUGUUGAUUUUGCUGUUAUAGCACACUUACAACAAAAUAUUUGUGUGUUGUUACAACUAAUGUAGAUUGAUUAUGCUUCCACACCUAUUUCAUGCUUUAAUCAUUCAUUAGAUUUAUAUGAUAUUUAUAAUUAGGAUUUACCAGUAAAAUGACUUUACUUGUAACCAAAGAUUUGUUGAUUUAAGGGGGAUUACUCUGCUUCAAUUGAUAUUCCUUGAUUUUUGUUUAUUUGGGGAUGUGACUUUGUAAAAAGUAUUUUGGUUUUCUGUCAUUUACUGUGUACAGGUAAAUAUUUGCCCCCAUUUUAUUAUCGCCCCUUUCGCCCUCAUUUUCAGCGUGCAAAUUAAAGACUGGACAAAUUCCAAUGUCUGAAAUUCCUUCACUUCAAUUAUUUUUUUACACAACUGUGUCUGAGUAAAUUCAAGAUGGGGCAAAACUUUUUGCAAGCGUAAAAGGGCAAAAAUUACGCGGGGCAAAAAUAACCCUGUAUACAGUAUUGUUUUUCAUUAUCAGUUUUGUUUGUUCAAGAAGAACUUUGUUUCAGCUGGAAUGUUCGAAAUUUUAAAUAUUCGUGAAACCAAGGUACAGAUUUUAAAAGUAAUGGACAGUCAAAAAAUCUUUCUUUAUCUGGUACUGAAACAUGCAUAUGAUUUGAAUAGCCAUUGAUUCUAAAAGAGAAAUCCUUUUUUCCCAAAGCUCAAUUAUCAUCAAGAUCAAUGAAAUCCAUUUCUGAUAAAUUUUUUGGUUUGCCAAAAUUCAUUUCCUUUGAUUAGCACACUUGUUAUUAUUUUGAUUGUGCCUUAAAAUAGCAAGUGUCUUCCUUCACAUAUACAUGUAAUUUGGUGCUCCAUGAAUUGGUAACAAUUUUGUAUUACAAUGUUUAUGAUUCAUGAUGUAUGUAUAGGUGUAUACUGAAGUAUCUAUUAAUAUAUCUUUUGUAUCUUACUUAUGUUUGUCAUCAAAGUUAACCCUAAAAAUGAUGGAAAAAGAAAACUCAUUCACUUUAAAAAUUUCCUUCAUUUAUUUUUAGUUGUAGACAUUCCAUCACUUAAUCUUUGGUGAAACCAUGCAAUUUCUAAUACUAUUUAUCUGUUGAAACAUUGAAUUUAGUGUAGGUUAAGUUACCAGAUUUAUUUGCUUGUUUCUGAUCAUUGAAACUUUACUGAUAUCAGCUUUAUUCUGCAGUUUGUUUUAUACACAUAUUGAAAUCCAUUAUGCCAUAAUAUUACAAAUCUAGCUUCCAAAGGUUUUUCGUUGUUAUGGGUACAUUUUUGAUCCAAACAAAUCGAGAUUUUCUCUUUACACAUUUUGUGAAAUCCAUUAUAUCCAAUAAUUUAUGAUUGUACAAUUAUUAUUUUAUUGAUAUAAAGUGUUUAUGUCUUGAACAUCAGCAUUUCCCAGCAUUAUAUCUGUACAUGCUCAGAGCUUCCAAUUGUGAACUUGUUUGUACUGAUGCUUCCUUCCUCUAAUGCUCAUCUCUUCAAUGUGCAAUUAUGUUUUAUGGUGUACAUACAUUGUAAAAAUUUACAAUUAAUAUUGGUUAAAAAUCUCAGUAUAUACAUGUAUACAUUCCACUAUUACUUUUGUUUUAUUUUGGUUCCAAGUAAUUUGGUUGUGUAUAUUGGGGUAUUAUGUGUAAAAUCUUUUUUGUUUAUAAUUAUACAGAUGGACCAUUCCUCUUGUUAACGAUCUCUUCAUGCAUUCAUUUUCUGGUGUUGGUUUGUUUAUACUUUGUUACAAAGAAUUAUCAUUAUUUUCUUUUUUAUUCAUAUUGGUUUUCUAAUUAGUUACAGAUUGAAAUAAAGCAUUUAAUGUU